AUGGUAGACGAAAGCACUAAAAAAACUCUCAGCAGCAUACCGUUGUUACAGACUAAGGCAGGUCCGAGAGAUAAGGAGUUAUGGGUGAAUCGAUUGAAGGAAGAAUAUCAGGCUUUAAUUAAGUAUGUACAAAACAACAAAGCAGCUGACAAUGAUUGGUUCAGGUUGGAAUCUGAUAAGACGGGGACUAGAUGGUUUGGCAAGUGCUGGUAUGUCCAUAACCUGCUAAAGUAUGAGUUUGAUUUAGAAUUUGAUAUUCCUGUGACAUACCCAACCACUGCACCUGAGAUAGCACUUCCUGGUCUUGAUGGAAAGACAGCAAAAAUGUAUAGAGGUGGCAAAAUUUGUCUGACAGAUCAUUUUAAGCCCCUAUGGGCGAGAAAUGUUCCAAAAUUUGGUAUUGCUCAUGCUAUGGCCCUUGGGCUAGGACCUUGGCUUGCUGUUGAAAUUCCAGACCUUAUUGAAAAGGGUGUUAUCACUUAUCAAGAGAAAACUGAGGAAGCAAAAUGA